UUUGGCUUGUAGGAAACUGUACUCUCCAAAUGUUCUCUAUGUCUUCUAUUUCUUCUCUGAUAAUCCCUUUACUAAAUCCUCUUGAGGCAUAUGCUUCAGAAUGCUUAAUUUACAUACUCUUAAUUCCUUCUUAAUUUAUACCCUGCCUGCUGGAAAUGUCAACACCCCAUAGGGAGGGAGGCCUAUUGGUCAGAACAGGCCAGGGAAUAGAAGAAUACAUAAUAAACAGUGCUUAGUUCUUCUGGGGCCCCAUAAUGUGUCGAAUAUAUAUUUUUACUUCUUCUCCCAGCCCAUUUUUAAUAUACUUAAAUUACUAUCAGUGUUUCUGCAGGCAAACAAUGGUUGAGUGGUAUGACACAACUUUGUGAAAGUAUCCUACCCAGUACCUGAUGAUGCGAAACUCUUCUAUCUUGAUUGGUUGUCAAUCCGAGGAGUUUCCAAUCCUGGGGAAGCCAGAAAAACACCUAUUUAUACUCUUAAUGAGUACUUUUUGAAACCAUUCUGAAGAGGCUGACAAUUUUACUAUCUCAUUUUUUUGCUUUCUCCAGAAUGGGUUCUGGGUGGGUCCCCUGGGUGGUGGCUCUGCUAGUGAAUCUGACCAGACUGGAUUCCUCCAUGACUCAAGGCACAGACUCUCCAGAAGAUUUUGUGAUUCAGGCAAAGGCUGACUGUUACUUCACCAACGGGACAGAAAAGGUGCAGUUUGUGGUCAGAUUCAUCUUUAACUUGGAGGAGUAUGUACGUUUCGACAGUGAUGUGGGGAUGUUUGUGGCAUUGACAAAGCUGGGGCAGCCAGAUGCUGAGCAGUGGAACAGCCGGCUGGAUCUCUUGGAGAGGAGCAGAGAGGCCGUGGAUGGGGUCUGUAGACACAACUACAGACUGGGCGCACCCUUCACUGUGGGGAGAAAAGUGCAACCAGAGGUGACAGUGUACCCAGAGAGGACCGCACUCCUGCACCAGCAUAAUCUGCUGCACUGCUCUGUGACGGGCUUCUAUCCAGGGGACAUCAAGAUCAGGUGGUUCCUGAACGGGCAGGAGGAGAGAGCUGGGGUCAUGUCCACUGGCCUUAUCGGGAAUGGAGACUGGACCUUUCAGACCGUGGUGAUACUAGAAAUGACUCCUGAACUUGGAGAUGUCUACACCUGCCUUGUCCAUCACUCCAGCCUACUGAGCCCCGUUUCUGUGGAGUGGAGAGUUCAGUCUGAAUAUUCUUGGAGAAAGAUACUGAGUGGCAUUGCAGCCUUCCUACUUGGGUUAAUCUUCCUUCUGGUGGGAAUCGUCAUCCAGUUUAGGGCUCAGAAAGGAUAUGUGAGGACACAGAUGUCUGGUGAUGAGGUCUCAAGAGCUGUUCUGCUCCCUCAGCCAUGCUAAGGUCCUCACUGAAGCUUCUCUCCCCGGAGCCUGAAGUAGUGAUGAGUAGUCUGGGCCCUGGGCGAGGUAAAGGACAUCCAUGAGGUCAAUGUUCUGGGAAUAACCCUCUUCCCUGAUCCUUGGAGGAGCCUAAACUGAUUCUGGAGCUCUGUGUUCUGAGAUCAUGCAUCUCCCACCCAUCUGCCCUUCUCCCUUCUACGUGUAUAUCAUUAAUCCCCAUUGCCAAGGACACUGUCCGGAAACUCCCCUAAGACCUUACUCCUUCCAGCUCCAAAUCAUUUACUUUUCUGUGGUCCAGCCGUAUUCCUAUAAGUCAUGAUCUCCAAAGCUUUCUGUCUUCCAACUGCAGUCUCCACAGUCUUCAGAAGACAAAUGCUCAGGUAGUCACUGUUUCCUUUUCACUGUUUUUAAAAACCUCUUUGUUGUCAAAUAAAAUGGAGAUACAAAAAAUGUA